AUGGCUCCCACAAAGAAGGGUGGCAAGAAGAAGAAGAAGGGCCGUUCUGCCAUUGACGAGGUGUUGACCUGGAAAUACACCAUCGACAUUCACAAGCGCAUCCAUGGAGAAAUGGGGACUCCAGAUGUGCGCAUUGACACCAGGAUCAAUAAAGCCAUCUGGGCCAAGGGAAUAAGGAAUGUUCUGUACCAUAUCCGAGUACGUUUGUCCAGAAAGCGUUAUGAGGACAAGGAUUCAGCAAACAAGCUCUACACACUUGUAACUUACAUGACUGUUACCACAUUCAAAAAUCUACAGAUGGUCAAUGUGAAAGAGAACUAA